AAGAUGGCGCUGCUCUUGGGGAGAUUACUGACAAGCAGUUGAAUAAUAUUUACGAAGAGGAACUGCCAUUACCGUAUUGCAGACUAUCCUGAAUCAAUUUAAACACCCAUCGUGUUAUGAUCUUAGGCAGUUAUAUGUUGUCACAAUGUCCAUUCUAAGAGAAGUCAGCCGAAGCGUGCGGUUGCUGGUAGGUCAAAUUCAGGCGUCCGUACCAGUAGGGACAACGUGGAACCUGUGUCAUAAAAUUGUGCGUUGUUAUAGUCACACUGCACCCGAACCAGAGCUGGAGUUAAAUGAAAGUAUGUCCGUUUGUAAGACAUUUGUCAACCGAAACCCUAGGAAUCUGGAACAGAUGGCUCUCGCAGUGAAGGACAGAGGUUGGGGCACAGUUUGGCCCACCAGGGAAUACUAUCACAGACUGGUGUUUAGACGUUCUCAGCACCAUGUUAUGGCAGAGGUGUUUUCACGUGACUCUCCAGAGCCAGUUUUGACAUGCUCCACUAAAGAGUGGGCACUGAAACGGGAACUGGGCUCCACGCGAUCAGUGGCAGCAUGUCAGGCUGUGGGCGAAGUGUUGGCACAGCGCUGCCAAGAGGCGGGCAUAACUCGUAUCAUGUACCGCGAGGUGCCAUGGAAGUUCCGCUCAGAAGCUAUUCAGGCUUUCUGGAAGGCGAUGAAGGAUGGAGGAGUCACCCUCAGUGAGCCACGCCGAAAAUUUGUCUAAUGAUUUAAACCUGGCCUUUGUCAGAAUGUGUU